GAUGGAAAUAGCCAUACCUGGUGUAAUAGUGACUUUAAAAAAGGAACUGAAUGUACUACUACACUGUAGUAGAUAAAUAGACGUCCGUUCUAUUAAAAUAUAAUUAGUUCCAUGUCGACAUUUUUACCUCUGUACCUUUAAAAGGUAUUGACGUUGCUUGCAUUCCAAUGACGUCUGACAAAUGACAUUAAUCUGUCUAUUUCCCCGGAUGACAACCAAUGAGAGUUGAGUAGAGGCGGGAUGUUUACACUGUUAGCCAAACAAAAUACAUUGGUUGUGCCACUUAGAGUAGUCAUAUUCUAGUCACCUUUUACAGACUGUAAAAACAGAUGUUCCAUCUGAUCGCAGAAUUUAUUUCUGUGCCCAUCAAUUCCUCAGUAAGAAGAUCCUUCAUCUCCUCUUGACUUGGUGACCUGCUGUCCUACCAUGGCUGAGAAGCUAGCUUCCUUUGGUAAGAUGCUGCUCAGGCGGCGAGCGCUGGACUGUAACCAGGAAGAGAGCCACUUCGCCCGCUGCCUGAGCACACUGGACCUGAUAGCCCUGGGGGUGGGCUCCACUCUGGGGGCCGGCGUCUAUUUGCUGGCUGGAGAGGUGGCCAGGGAGAAGGCCGGCCCAGCCAUCGUGCUCUGCUUCCUCAUCGCAGCGCUCUCCUCCGUCCUUGCUGGUCUGUGUUAUGCUGAGUUUGGUGCCCGUGUGCCAAAGACUGGUUCAGCCUACAUGUACAGCUAUGUGACAGUGGGGGAGAUCUGGGCCUUCAUCACUGGUUGGAACCUCAUCCUCUCCUAUGUCAUAGGCACAGCCAGUGUUUCUCGGGCCUGGAGCUCCACCUUUGACAACCUGGUUGAACAGAAGAUCUCAGACUUCUUCAGAGCCUCCAUGUCCAUCAAGGUCCCUGGGAAGAUUCUGGCUGAAUACCCAGACCUCUUCGCCCUCAUCCUGAUCUUGCUGCUCACUGGCCUGCUGGCGUUUGGCGUGAGUGAGUCGGCCCUGGUGAACAAGAUCUUCACGGGGGUCAACCUGGUGGUGCUGGGCUUCGUCAUCAUCUCAGGACUGGUGAAGGGAGACCGUACUAACUGGAACCUCACUGUCGAGUACUUUGUCAACACGUCCAACAUCACUGAUACAGAGAUCAUUAAAGAGAAGUUUGGCAAUGGGGGUUUUGCUCCAUUCGGCUUCAGUGGAGUCCUUUCUGGUGCAGCAACUUGCUUCUAUGCCUUUGUGGGUUUCGACUGCAUCGCAACCACAAGUGAAGAGGCCAAGAACCCCAUGCGUUCCAUCCCCAUCGGUAUCGUGGCUUCUCUGCUCAUCUGUUUCUUUGCCUACUUCGGGGUGUCUGCAGCCCUCACUCUCAUGAUGCCCUACUACCUGCUGAACAAAGAGAGCCCGCUGCCAGAGGCCUUCAAGUAUGUGCACUGGGACCCUGCCCGCUACAUCGUGGCUGUGGGCUCCCUCUGUGCACUCUCCACCAGUUUACUGGGCUCAAUGUUCCCCAUGCCCCGUGUAAUCUAUGCCAUGGCUGAGGACGGCCUGCUCUUCCGUUUCCUCUCAAAGAUGAACAUCAAAACCAAGACCCCCCUGUUAGCCACCAUCGUGUCGGGUAUUGUAGCAGCCCUGAUGGCAUUCCUGUUUGAUCUGGCAGCCCUGGUGGACCUGAUGUCGAUUGGAACUCUCCUGGCAUACACACUAGUGGCUGUGUGUGUGCUUAUCCUCAGGUACCAACCGGGCACCCUGGGUGUCAGUGGUGCCAGUGAGAAGAUGGUGGAGCUGGUGGGUCUGCAGAGGGCAGCCAUGGCAGAGGGGGACAGUGGGGAUGAGUUUGGCCAGGAGAGUGAGGGGGAGACCAGGCCCCUCAGGGAGCGGUUCAUCCUCAAGAUGCUGCUGGUGCCCAGCUGUGACGUCCCAACCAAGACCUCCGGGCUCAUCGUCUACAUCACUACCACUGUCAUCUCUGUGGUGUUCACCCUGCUGUGCAUAGUGCUGUCUGUGUGUGGGGUAGAGGUGGUGAGUGGCCACCCAGUGUGGGUCACUAUAUGUGCGAUACUGGCCUUCCUCUCCUUCCUGUGUGUGGUCAUCAUAUGGAGACAGCCCCCGAGCAGACAGUCACUCACCUUUAAGGUACCCCUACUCCCAGUGUUGCCAUUGGUCAGUAUCUUUGUCAACAUUUACCUCAUGAUGCAGCUGGAUGGGCCAACGUGGUGUCGCUUUGCAGUGUGGAUGACUAUUGGUUUUAUCAUCUACUUUGGUUACGGGAUUAAGAACAGCUCAGAGGCCACACCCAACCACGGUAAAUUUGAGCCAGUCCUCCGAUCAAAGAGCCCCAACUUCCUGGCAGAGGAUGACAAUGAGGUGGAAGGAAUGAUGCCUUAAAGGAGAAUAGUGGUAGAGUAGAUGGUAUUUGCCCCAACGACAUAUGACGCAAGCCUUGAACAGGAGCACAUUCUUAUCUGUUUGUUUUUUAACUGUCUGGGAAUUGUGCCACAACAGACUCUUAACUUUCUGUCUUAUUCUUCUUCUAAAAUGGAUUAAAUUCAUGUUUUCCCUCAUCAAUCUACACACAAUAAUGAAAAAGGCAACAAAAAAAAAUUUAGAAAUGUUUUGCAAAUUUAUUAAAAAUAAAAAAAACAAUA